CGCGGGGGGUCUGUGCCGCUGAGCCCAGCAGGGCCCCCCCAGCCGAGCCCGCCCUGGGCAGCAGUCGGAGCGGGGUUUCCGUCCUGUCCCGGAGGUGAGAACAAAGGAGGGAAUCCGCGUCCGGCCGGGACUUGGAGCCCAGAGCUGCCCAGGCCACUGGCGGGGAGCCCCAAAGCCCUGAGCAGGGAGAGACACCAGCCUGAGUCCGUACGGGGCUGGCUGGCACCAGAGAGAGACAUGGAAGAAAACCCCCAUAAAUGUUCUGACUGCAGGAAAAGCUUUAAGCAGAGCUCGACCCUAAGGCGGCACCAGCGAACCCACACGGGGGAGCGACCCUACAAAUGCCUCCAGUGUGGGAAGAGCUUUGCUGACAGCUCCAACCUCCUUCGCCAUCAGAGGAGCCACACGGGGGAGCGACCCUACACAUGUGCCCAGUGCGGGAAGAGCUUCGGGCACAACGCGACCCUGAUCAAGCACUGCAGGACCCACACGGGCGAGAGACCCUACAGAUGUGAUGAGUGCGGGAAGAGCUUCUCAGAAAGCUCCAAGCUCCUAGAGCACCAGAGGAUCCACACAGGCCUGAAACCCUACAAAUGCCUUAACUGUGGGAAAGUGUUCUGCCACAGCUCCUCCCUGACCAACCAUCAGCGGGUCCACACAGGUGAGAGACCCUAUAAAUGCCCUGAGUGCGAGAAGACUUUUGGACGCCGCUCCAUGCUCGUUCGACACAUGAGGAUCCACACAGGGGAGCGACCUUACAAAUGCCCCCACUGUGGGAAGGCAUUUGCCGUUCUCUCAGUCCUGAUCCAGCAUGAGCGGAUCCACACGGGGGAGAAACCCCACAAAUGUGCCCACUGCGGGAAGUGUUUCAGCGAUCCUUCCGUCCUGACCCGGCAUGAGCGCAUCCACACAGGCGAGCGACCCUACAAGUGUGUUCAUUGCGGGAAGGGCUUCAGUCAGAGCUCCACCCAUGCCCAGCAUCUGAGAACCCACACCGGGGAGCGGCCCUAUAGAUGUGAUGAGUGUGGGAAGAGCUUCAGUGUAAGUUCCAGCCUUGUUGUCCACCAGAGGAUCCACACAGGAGAGAGACCCUACAAAUGUCCCGAUUGUGGGAAGAGCUUUAGUGGCUGGCCAAAUUUUAGCAGGCAUCUGAGGACCCACGCCCAGGAGUAAACCUGACAGGUGACCCAAUUCUGGGAGAUGCUACUGUGAGCACUCUGGGCUCUUUAGAGAGAGAACCCAUGCAUUGGAGAGAUGCUGUAAAUGCCCCAACUGUAGCCAGAGCUUCUGUCUCCGCUCAGAGCUUCAUAGGUACCAGAAAAUCCACAUGGGGGGGUAACCCUAUAAAUGCUCCAACUGAUGAAAGAGCUUUAAUCCCAGGAUGUACCUUGAUCAUCAGAGGAUCCACAGCAGAGACAGGCCUGAGAAAUAAACGUGGAGGUAAGCAUCAUUCAGAGCUCCGAACAAGACUUUUGCUGUGGCAGAGGAGUGGGGCCUCCGGGUUAGAGUGGGGCAGAUAGUGAGUUUCUUUUCUACCCCUUAUUUUUGGAAGAGCCAUUGUGUUGAUCUUGUGCAAUCUGAGUUGUUAAAUUCAACUUGAACGUGAAGUUGUCUUUUCUUGCAGAAUGUAACUUUUCUUCACAUGAUCAUAAAAGGGGGGAGUAUCAA